AUGCUGCUGGACUUUCCGCGUCAGCUUUCCUCCUUACGGUCUUGGGUAUUCAUUGCGGCAAGACUAUACUCAUCUGAGGGGAAAUUGACCCGACCUACGCGGAGAAAAGGCAAAAGCCUGUCUAAGGAGCGAGGUCGUUUCCAGUCGACGCCGUCAAUCGCACCACCCACGAGUCAACUUCUUGAGGACUUUAUUGUAUCAAAAAGUCGGAGUACUAAGGAGGAGGGUGGUAGUCUCGAAGAAUUAGGUGCAACGGGACCUCCAGAGCACCAAAAAUCAUCCCAACUCACACCCUCGAGAGGCAUCCAAGUGCAGCCACCGGACAAUGAUGCCAUCAAAUUCACGCUUCCACUCCCAGCAGAACUAAAUCUGUUUGACGAGACAGCAUUAGAAGACCCAGAGUAUACAGAUCAGCCCUACAACAACGAAAUUUUCAAAGAAAUUGAAGCACUGGAAUCUUCCGCCUAUCGUGCAAAAUCGACACAUAACAAAUUUGAAGAGCUCAUCCAAUGGACCCUGGAUGGAAAACUUUGGCGAUACCCCAUUGACAAUGAGCAAGGCAAUCAUUUAAUUCUAUGGCUUUUACCUUUUUCAUUAGGUUGGGAGGAAGAGCUUACUACGCCUUUCCAUGAACACGUCUUCAUGGAUCGGCUUGCCAAAGAACAAGCCCGAUCGAAGAAACCUCCACCCCUAGAAGCCUUCAUGAAACUGGUUUGUGCCGGCCUUGGCCAAAACCCCUACAUCAGCGUCAAGGAGAAGAGAGACCACAUAGCUUGGUUCGAGAGUUACUUUUCCGACAAAAUAAAGGACAUUGAAUCUGCCGUCGAGGAAGAGAAGCGCAUCGCCCAAGCCGAAUCGAGAACACGACGAACGAAACCCGAUUCGUGA